ACGUCCACAACAUGCGUUGGAGUUUCCCAUCUCCUCAAAAGUAUCUCUGGCCCGAUCGGGGAUUUCUAUUGGAGAAGCAGUUUAGACAUCUUCAUACUAAAGCAUAUUUUGUUGUCUACUCCGUUAUUUCUGAUCUUUGGACUCCAGUAGUGUUCUAGGACUAUACGAAGGGUCUUCUAAAGGAAUUUUAAAUCAUGUCUGAGGUGGAUUUUGAUAAGGCUGCAGAGGAGGUGAAGCAGCUGAAGGCUAAGCCAGCAGAUGUGGAGAUGCUCAGGGUCUACGCUCUGUUCAAACAGGCCAAAGUGGGCGACAUCAACACCACUUGUCCUGGGGUGCUGGAUUUCACUGGGAAAGCCAAAUGGGACGCCUGGGAGAAGGAGAAAGGGAAGAGUAAAGAGGAUGCCAGGAAGGAGUACAUUGCCUUGGUAGAGGAACUGAAAGGGAAGUACGGAGUCUAAGAAAUGACUGACUGACCGGGCCGUCCGCUGGCAGUGUAGAACCAGCCCACACCUCAUCCCUGUGAGGUGCCUUAAUCCCAAUGAGUAUGCCCGUUUCUACAAGACCUGGGGAAAAUGCAUAUGUCAAAUCCUUUGUAAUUCUAGUGGUGCACUUGGUUUAGCUGAGGUAACUUGGUUUAGCUGAGGUAUGUGCAAGGGUGGUUGGAGUUUGCAUUUUAUGGACUAUUCAAAUGGUUCCAUUGUACAGAACUACCUAAAUCAAGCACACCUCAAAUGGCAUAUGCGUUUUACCCAGGAAUGUUUGCUACUGUGCAUUGCACUAAGAAUACAGGACCAACAAGCCACCGCUACGUACAGAGACAAACCGUCCUCCACCAUCAACUUCCUAGUUAAUGUUCUCAACUGGUUGUUCAGCCCACAACCUCCAUAAAGUUUACAUUUGUUUGAA